AUGAAUAUGUCUGUCCAGUGGUCAGACAUUCGGCCACUGAUGCCAUGGAUUAUAACGUCAGUGUCCGUGGCUUAUGUGGCUUACAUUCAUUAUCAACUGAGACAACAGUCCAAUAAGUCUUUGUCGCCGAAGAUUAAUCCAAACAUUGAUAAACAUAAAGACAAAGUCAAACACGUCUACAAAGGACACCAACUCGACAAAGACGAUAAUCAAGAGUUUCUCAGUGUUUCCUCUAUUAAAACAAUCGACAAAAUCAAUGAUAUCAGCGAUAGUGAAGACCGACCCCGUGGUCGCCGGUCGGCGUACUCUUAUUUUGUCACCGAUUGCGCCGAUCGCGAGACCAACCGUUUGUGUCAUUUGGCCGAAGAUCGUCUAGUUUUUGCCGAAUUUGCCAAAAAAUGUGCGAAAAAUUGGAAGAAGUUGUCGUACGAAGAGAAACAAUAUUAUCACCGAUUGUCCGAAGAAGACAAACUCCGGUACGAAUCGGAAAUCAAGAAAUACGGAAAACAAAAGCCAAAAUCAAAGUCAAGACAAUCCAAACGAAUUUGUUCUCAAAUGGUUUGCGAAGUGUUUUCCAACGAUAAGCUCUUAGACAUGGCUUUCGAUAUGUUUGCCAACGAAGAGUUGUCGGCUCUGAAAGAGAAAAGUCUACUCAAUAGUAAUGAAGAAGAAGAAGUAAUGUCUGAGUUAUUGAAUCGUUGGAAUCAAUCGGAACCCGAGUUCAAGAAUCAAUACAUCGAACGGAUCCAAUUGGACGCCAAAGCAUUCAAUCAAAGCUUUAAUACCAGUAUUAGAGAUGAAGACGAAGACAUUGUCAAUGAGUGUGAAAAUAAUAAUUGCGGAUCAGAUCGUGAUUUCGAUAGCAAUGAUUGGAAUCACUCAAAGUCUUCUAAAGUCUAGGUUUUAUUUAUAUUGCGAUUUAAGUACAAAUAUUUCCGUAGAUUUUCAAGUUUUUUAAA